UCAAAGUCCCUAGUUUUAAUGUCACAUUAAACUCAAAGACCCUAGUUUAAAGUCACAUUAAAGUCAAAAACCCUAGUUUAAAGUCACAUUAAAGUCAAAGACCCUAGUUUAAAGUCACAUUAAAGUCAAAGACCCUAGUUUAACAUCACAUUAAAAUCAAAGAUCCUAGUUUAAAGUCACAUUAAAGUCAAAGACCUUAGUUUAACCGUUAUUUCUCAGGGGUACAUGCCUUUUUUUAAAUAUGAAAAAAUGCAUUUCAUGGUAUUAAAACGACGUGGAUGACCAGAAAGACUUGGGAUGUGUGUUAGUGAGUAAUCUAAACAAUGAAAUCUAAGUAAUGUCUCAUUUCAAUCAUCAAAAAUAGCUUCAAAAGUAAAAACUAGGGUCUGUCACUUCAAAUUUAAAAAACAAAAAGGAAAACAGAUAAAAUAUGUUCCUUAAAACUGGAAUGCAAAACAUGAUCAGUAACAAAGAAACAACAGUGUGCAUACAGUUCUGCCGAGUUGAAAAAAUACCCAGCUAUAAAACAAUACAAUACUGGGAUAUACAUAAACAGCAAUAUAUCAUGCUUAGAAAAAAGUCAUUAUGUUACAUAAUUUAGGGUGUAGCUAGCAUAAAAGAGAUAUAAAAGAUAGAUUUUCUUGAAAUUUUGCUUGCCACUGUCUAAAUCCCCACUACAUAAUGUAUGUUUUUAAAAAUAUUUUUAUAUACCCCCCUUCCCCCCACAAAGUACAUAAUUUUCUGCACAUCUUUUUUAUUCUUUUUUUUUCUUGGGGGGAGGGGGUAUACUGGUUUAUUUUUUCAUGUGCAAGCAGGUUAAUAUUUAAAUUAUUAAUAAUAAUAGUAUGUUACACCACUGGAAUUAUUAAAACUGAAACAGGUAACCCAAUUCAUGUGGCUUCUAAAUCACAAUUAACUGUUGAACACUGGGUUAGAUGGGCAGUGUCCGUGAGUGUGUUUGAGAGAGAGAGAGAGAGAGAGAGAGAGAGAGAGAGAGAGAGAGAGAGAGAGAGAGAGAGAGAGAGAGAGAGAGAGAGUAAGAGUGGAGAACAAUGAAGGGAAGGUUUAUUUAAUACUGAUCAGAUCAACUGAAAUAUUUAAUAAAGUAAAUCUGAUUUUGGGUACUUUCCUAAAGUAAUUUAAUUAUGUUUAUCUCGCCUUCAUGUAAAAUACUCAAAUUUCAUUGGUUAUUUAGCCUUGGACAAAACCCUUAUACCCUUCGUGGCCGGAGUCAAAUCUCUUAUACCCCACCUGUAACAUUGGACUGUUGUUAUUGUAUUAAUGCGCCAUGCUAAAAUUUGUCUGUUACCAACAUAAACAAAACAUGGCUGUCAAACAAUUUGCCAACCAUUCAGUAAAUAAAAUUGAAGAAAAGCAAGCAUUUUAAUGUGGCGAAGCAUUGCAAUAAUACAGCUAAUUUUGAAUUUGAAUGAUGUCAGUAUUCCAAUGACAUCACUUUACAUCUCCUUACAAUAACACUAAACUGGGUACAUCAUGUUGCUAAUGAUUUUUUUUUUUUUUUGACAAUUAUUAAUGCACCUGGAUGUGUUUGAAGAAAAUCUUGUAAUUAAACAUGUUGGCAAGAUAAAUAUGUUGUAGAAGCAUCACGAGGGGUUUAUGGAUUUUUAUACCCUCUGUAUGCUCUUGUAGCCCGAGCUGAAGGGUAUAAAAAUCAACAAACCCCUCGUGAUGAUUCGACAACUUAUAAUAUAUAUUGCCAAUGUAAAAAUGAGACUGUAACAAAACUGUUGUAGAGCCAAACAUCAAAAGAGAUCUCAACAAGGUGAACGGUGUGUCUUGUAAUGACACCUGUGUGUAAAUCUUGAGGCUGGAAGCCAAGGCAAGGUGAACGGUGUGUCUUGUAAUGACACCUGUGUGUAAAUCUUGAGGCUGGAAGCCAAGGCAAGGUGAACGGUGUGUCUUGUAAUGACACCUGUGUGUAAAUCUUGAGGCUGGAAGCCAAGACAAGGUGAACGGUGUGUCUUGUAAUGACACCUGUGUGUAAAUCUUGAGGCUGGAAGCCAAGGCAAGGUGAACGGUGUGUCUUGUAAUGACACCUGUGUGUAAAUCUAGAGGCUGGAAGCCAAGGCAAGGUGAACGGUGUGUCUUGUAAUGACACCUGUGUGUAAAUCUCGAGGCUGGAAGCCAAGACAAGGUGAACGGUGUGUCUUGUAAUGACACCUGUGUGUAAAUCUCGAGGCUGGAAGCCAAGACAAGGUGAACGGUGUGUCUUGUAAUGACACCUGUGUGUAAAUCUCGAGGCUGGAAGCCAAGGCAAGGUGAACGGUGUGUCUUGUAAUGACACCUGUGUGUAAAUCUCGAGGCUGGAAGCCAAGGCAAGGUGAACGGUGUGUCUUGUAAUGACACCUGUGUGUAAAUCUCGAGGCUGGAAGCCAAGGCAAGGUGAACGGUGUGUCUUGUAAUGACACCUGUGUGUAAAUCUCGAGGCUGGAAGCCAAGGCAAGGUGAACGGUGUGUCUUGUAAUGACACCUGUGUGUAAAUCUCGAGGCUGGAAGCCAAGGCAAGGUGAUUACACUUGAAUCAUUGUUUACCUGGUAUCUGUCUACUUGCUAGAUUUCAUGACAACUGAAUAACAAUCAUUACUGAAUCACUGGUUUACUGUUUACUUGCUGUGCUAUUUAAUAACUGAAUAACAAUCAUUACUGAAUCACUGGUUUACUGUUUACUUGCUGUGUUAUGUAAUAACUGAAUAACAAUAAUUACUGAAUCACUGGUUUACUGUUUACUUGCUGUGUUAGGUGAUAACUGAAUAAUAAUAAUUACUGAAUCAUUGAUUUACCAUUUACUUGCUGUGUUAGGUGAUAACUGAAUAACAAUCAUUACUGAAUCACUGAUUUACCGUUUACAGAGCUGCUGAUAACCAAUAAUUAUAUAUGUUGUUGGCAAGCUUUUGAAGACAUACAGUCAGCACCAGAAAUCUCAAGUCAUAUUAAUGUUCUGCCAACUUUGUCGAAACAACAGCUUCAAGAAGCCAGUUUUGGGUUAAGCUUGAGCACAAGUCCAGGGCAGCUUUCUCCAGUUCAUCACACAAAGAAGUUAGGACGGAAAAGCCAACAAGAGUCUGGUGAUCACAACAACAACACUGCAUCCAAACCAGCAGGUCAGUCAUUGGAUCUGGGCGGCCAGGAUGAUGAGGUGAAUGGACGAAGUGCCAACAUGUGUGCCAACAACACCAUCCCCCUGUCCCGCACUCGGACACACAUCUCACCAAACCUGCACAGAGUUUUGUGUGGUCCAUAUGGCCAAGCAAAUCCUGACAUUGUGUCGAGACACAAGCAUGGUUUUAUGUCGCAUCAAAGCAAACUGCGAGCCAGCUUAGACAGUGAUGCUGGUAAUAGAGAGUAUACUGGUAUUGAAAAGAUUCAACGGAGUAAAACUAUGCCAUCUUUAGGAAGACCAAAAUUGAAUCGGAGAAUAAACAUUCCUGAUGGUGAACGAUUACGAAAUGCAAAAGAAAUGGCAGAGAAAGCUAUCAAAUACAAAAAGGUGUUCACGAUUCAGGGCGGUUACUCCACCAUUCGACAGUCACUCCGCAGGCGAGGCUGGGUGGAAAAGUUUUAUAAGAUCACUCCGCCGCCAAAGUUUGGUCUCAGACAUAAAAAGGGCAAAGGUUCUGAUAGCGAUGAUGAUGUUGAUGACGACGAUGAUGAUGACGAUGAUACCGAUACAGAUACUGAUGGGGAUGAUCACGAUGAACCAAAAAUUCCACCAUGGGAGGAAGAGGAUGGUAUUUACGGCAUAAUGUCUCGAAUGGUACGGAAUGUGAAUCCUAGCUUUAUCUGGGUGUUAAAACGAGACGCCAUAGAUUACCGCUUCCUAACCAAAGACCAAAUAGUGAAUCACUACUGUAAAGCUGGCUCGUUCACAACUAAGGUUGGCUUGUGUAUCAACAUGAAGAACGUGCCGUGGUUUGAACCAGCGGACCCCGACACAUUCUUCCCCAGAUGUUAUCGGCUCAGCUCGGAAGAUGACAAGAUAGCUUUCAUUGAGGAUUUCCGGUUGACUGCAUGUAUAAAUAUACUGAAUAUUGUAAUCAGUCAGUACGCAGUUGUCAAUCAGCUGAGAGAGAAUGCAGAGAGUGCAGAGGCCAAGAACAGUGCUAAGCCUGAGGCAGACGUAGCAGUGACUACUGAAGAUGAACCUUCUUCCCCAGUCAAACCACCCACGGAAAACAAACUUCCAUCCCCAGUCAAACCGCCCACGGAAAACGAAUCUCCCUCUCCAGUCAAACCGCCCACAGAAAACAACAGUGAGUCGCAAGAAACGAAGGAAAUUACUCCAACAGAAGAAGAACCACUUCCACCAUCCAGCACUGUCUCAUUGCAGUCAAAAGAACUUAUAGUGAGUGCAAGAGUGCUGAAGAAGAUUAAGAAGAAAAUAAAUAUUUCACUGCGAGUCCUGCAGCAGGCAAUGCAGCAGUGCACCCGUUACCUUGCUAACAAGGAUCACGAAGAUAUUGACAAGCCUGAUGAGUUGGUUCUGUCAGAGAGUCAGUGGGAUCAGCUGAUACACAGUUACUACCAGCUCGCUCAUGAAGGUGGGUUCGUUCCUGCGGUACCCCAGACCCUUCUUGGUCAGUGUGAGAGUUUGUUAAACCGGAUCAAGUCCAAGUUUCCGCAGUUUGAGAUGAACGGCACACGCAAUGUCUGGAUUGUAAAACCUGGAGCCAAGUCAAGAGGAAGAGGAAUCAUAUGUUACAACAAGCUGGAGGACAUGCUGAAGCUGGUAAAUGCUCAGGUCUGUCAGAAAGAUGGAAAAUAUGUCGUCCAGAAGUACAUUGAGAGGCCUCUACUGGUGUACAACACGAAGUUUGAUAUCCGCCAGUGGUUCCUGGUGACCGACUGGAGUCCCCUGACGAUGUGGUUCUACACGGACAGCUAUGUGCGGUUCUGCUCCAAGCAGUACACCCUGGACGACUUCGACGAAGCCAUCCACCUGUCGAACAACGCCAUCCAGAAAAACAAGAAGAACGGGCCACGCUCGCCCAAACUACCCAGCGACAACAUGUGGACGCACGAAGACUUCAAGUCCUUUCUUAGCCAGAGGAAGCAAGGCAACAUCUGGGAUGACGUCAUUUACCCCGGGAUGAAGAAAGCUGUUCUUUGUUCCUUGUUGGUCACACAGGAUCUCAUCGAGUACAGAAAGUCGUCAUUUGAGCUGUACGGUGCCGACUUCAUGCUCACUGAAGACUUCCAUCCCUGGCUGAUUGAAAUCAACUCGAGUCCCAGCAUGGAGGCCAGUACGGCCAUCACCGCGAGAUUGUGCGCCAAUGUGCUCGAAGAUACCAUUAAAGUUGUAAUUGAUAGAAAAAAUGACAAAAACUGUGAUAUAGGAAAGUUUGAACUGGCGUACAAACAGCCGUUUGUGGCUGCCCCGUCAUACAUAGGAAUGAAUCUCAGUCUGGAUGGACAAACAAUCCGCCGUAUCGGCACAGUCAAGCGUUCUGAGACCAGCAAUGGUCAGAACAGUGAACCCUAUUUUACACCAAGGACCAAUGUUCGGCAGUCUGCAUCGCUGGACAAAAUGGCAGAACUAAAAAAGGUGAUGGCACCCACAAGCUCUGCCAGUGUUGUUGCGACAAGUACAAAAGGUGCUCUUCCUGAAGGAGGUGGAAAAGUGAAGAAGAGUUACUCUCUAAGCAAAGUGUCAGAAUCUCCAUUAGUGUUGGAAUCGCCUUAUGACAAACCACACAUUUUGUUCCCCGGCCAAAAGACUUCAAGUGUGGAGCACAAGAAGACCGACAUUUCUGGUUCAAGUGUCGCUGGAGGAAAUUCCACCACAAUCUCGGUGAAGCACGGGAUGCUUGUACAGCCACCACUCCAGCCAAAACCGUCCAGCCAAACUCCGUCUCUGUCUGUGACAAACUCGCGGAGAAUCGUGUCGCGCACGUCUGUGUCAAACACUUACAAGAUUCAGACUCCCACGACGGACAAAGUGAAACCCGUUGUUUCCGUGAACAACGUGGAGUCCACCGACUUGCAGACAAUCAAGGCCUCAGGAGGAUCCAAAGGGCGUGUAGUGCCGUUACUAACCACGGGCUUGUGGAACAAGACUUACAGUCAUUGUGGGAGUGGCAUGGACUUGCGCCUCAUUGGUACCAACCCCAGUUGUAAGUGUACAAACAGCGCCUUCACCAACCCCAGUUGUAAGUGUACAAACAGCGCCUUCACCAACCCCAGUUGUAAGUGUACAAACAGCGGCUUCACCAACCCCAGUUGUAAGUGUACAAACAAUGGCUUCACCAACCCCAGUUGUAAGUCUACGAACAGUGGCUUCACCAACCCCAGUUGUAAGUCUAUAAACAACGGCUUCACCAACCCCAGUUGUAAGUCUACAAACAACGGCUUCACUAACCCCAGUUGUAAGUGCACAAACAACGGCUUCACCAACCCCAGUUGUAAGUGUAUAAACAAUGGCUUCACCAACCCCAGUUGUAAGUCUACAAACAGUGGUUUCACCAACCCCAGUUGUAAGUCUACAAACAGCAGCAUCACGUUGAUGUCUCGAGCUCGCAGUGCUCAGCUCCAACAAACUGGUCCGCGACGCAGGAUGCAAGACGCUAGACAAACGUCUGCUCGUGAGCGCCGCCAGGCGAUCGCAAUCCUGCUUAACUCCCCUGAUCCCGCUUGUAAACUGGAUAGCAUCAUACUCGAUUACAAGGAUGGGGGAAUGAGAAAACGUAUUGGUCCCGUUUCAGUGGUGACAAAACACCUGCCCAGGUACGCCAGCCGCUUCAUUGGCCGCCGCCUCCACCCGUGCUUCGACACCCAGCAGAAAGCCCAGCACAACGUUGUGUACAUCGACACAUCCAUGAAGACCAACCCACUGUCGAUCGUCUCGCGUGCCAAACACAGGUGACCAACGCAAUGCCUGGACUAUCGGUGCUCUCGCCUUUCUUUAAACUCGUUAUGCAAGUCGUGACAAUCAGUGUAAACAGUGGAAUCGUGUAAAGUUUUGUUGGGGUUUUUUAAAAAGAGACACCCAAACCUAUUCUAGUUGAUAGUGAUGUCGUAAUUGUUAGAUUCUUAGAUGCUUUUUUAUAAAACUGUUUGGAUUACAAGAUAUUUGCAUAAUCUUCUGAACUGAAUUUUCAGAUUUUUGGUGGGGGGGGUGGCAUCAUGAAACAAUCUGGAUUACAGAACAUUUACACAAACUUGUUUUAAACUGGAGUUUCUCCUUUUAUCAAAUAGUUUGGAUGACAAAACAUUUACACAAGUUUUUCACUGAAUUGUCAUGUGGGGUUUAUACUAAUAUCGUUACUAUAUAUAUAAAACAAUCAACAAAGAAUUAAUUUAAUAUUUAGUUUGGUAAAGUAUGUUAAUACAUGUGUAAUACCAUCUGCAGCUAAUGUAAGUCAAGUCAAAUGUUCUUUAUAUAUGUUAUGUAGCAAAUGUAUCCCUGUAAUAUAAAAUGUUAUAACGGUGGUAUGACAUAAGUAUAGGAUACUAAACAAGCUACCAUUUCUUAUUAUUUUUAAUACAAUGGUAUGGCAUAAGUAUAGGACACUAAACAAGCUCCCAUUUCAUAUCAUGUUUAUGUCCUGAAUCAAAUAAUUUGUAUUUCUCAUGCCAAAUGAAACUUAUUGUAUAUGGGACAUAAACUUUAUAUGAAAUGGUACAGAGUUUAAUAUUCAGCAAUAAUCCUGUUUUGAAUUAAGUAGCCAUGGGAAUAAUAAGGAAUGAAAACUGAUGAUGUACUCUUUGAAAUCUCAUAAUAUUGUAUGAUCAUAGAGCUGCCUUGGGGUCUAUUAAUUCCUAAAAGAACAUAACCAGUAUACAGACAUUUAAAAAAAAACCAAUGCAACCAUGGAAAACUUUGAGCAAGAUUUACAGCAGUAAAGAUAUUAUUCAACACUGAAGCAGCUUAAUGUAUUGAAUAUUUUGUUAGGCUAAAACCGUAAAGUUAUUAUAUAAUAAGUGUACCAUGAAGUACCAGUAUCAUAAAUUGUCAGUAAACAUUUGAUGGCUCAAUUUUCUUGUCUUUGAUAAACAUUUCAGUUUAGGUUUAUAAGAGGUUGUCUAGUAGAUUAUAUAUGUUAUAUUUGUAAUGUGUACAUUAUUAUACAUUUACAUAUUUUUAGUUUUAUUUAUGAUUCUUAAAGAGUCUUUAGAAAUAUUUUCUGACCUGCAGUAUAUAUUGGUUACUUUUAACAUUGUACCUUUAAUAUAGUUUAUGCUGGUUUUAAACUGUAGUUAACAAUGUUUAACUAAAUAUAUGCAGUAAACCAAAAGUAGAAAAUGAACAAAGAGUGCAAAACAUACUAUAUACUGAUAUCAUUUGAACUGUAUUAUGUGCAAUUGUGCAUUUUAUUUACCAUGAGUAGAUAUUUAUUAGUGCCAAAAUGUAUCUAGACUGUUCAAGCAUUUCAAAUAGUUUAUAUUCAAGACCAAUUAUGUGAUCUCUUCUUUCUUCUCAGAAAUCUUUGUAUUUCUUCUUCAUAGUAUUCGUCUAUCCAUGACUAAUAAUCAGAUGUAUUUAUGUACACGUGUGUCAAAAAUAUAUUAAUAUAUUAAUUUUAUAUGAAUUUAAUAAUAAUAAUUAGGCUAUGGGGAGUUGGUGACAUAUAUUCCCUAUUAUGACAAGAUGCGACUUUGUUGUGACAAAUUAGUAUUAAGUGUAUAUAAAUGGGCAUGGUGUAUAUUACUUUCAUUUGUUAAUUUUAUCAUAUACAUGUAUACAAAUAAUUAUACAUAUUUUAUGAUCUGCCAAAUGUGCUUAUAUUUUUGUUAUUAUUUAUUACUUUUCUGUGUUGUUGUUUUACUUUGCAUAAUCUGUGAUAGGAGUAGAUAUAUACUGUAUAUGUGAAUUGAGAAAAAUGUCAAGAAGGAAAAUAACCUGCUUUAUUAUUUCACCCGAUAAAAAGACUUGUAAUGUGUUGAACGCAUUUUACACUCUUGAGGUGCAUGUACGUGUUACAGGCAUUGUAUAAAAUGAGACAAUCAACGGCACAAUUUGCAGAUCAACAGACUUUUUGCAGUAAUAUUUUGAUACAGUCUACAUACCUUCCUUGGUAAUAGUUUGACAGUCUGUAGACUUCAUGAUAACAUUUUGACACAUCAUCUGCAAACGUUUCAUGGAGAUAUUUUUACGCAUUUAUUAGACUUUUCAGUCAUAUUUUUCUACAGAUUGUCUUCACCUUUUGUGGUAAUAUUUUGACAAGGCAGAUUUUUCAUGAAUUAGUUGGGGGUUUUGGGUUUUUUUUUAAGUCUGCAGACAUUUCAUGGCAGUAUUUUUACACACUGUUAAGACUUGUAUGAUAGUAUUUCGAUAGACUGCAGGCUGUUUCUCCACACAUCCCCACGAGAGAUUAUUCCUUCACAGUGAUGGGUAUUAAUGGGACAUUCAAAUUAAAUCUUUAAAAAGACAAAAACAUUUUAUGAUUUAAAAAAAAAAUUAAAAUGGAAACAGUGUGUUGAGUUAAGCUGAAUGAGAGAUCCAACAGCUGAUGUGACGUUUCACUUCAGACAUCGAGAUACAGAUAUACCCCAAGUUUAUUAUCGAGAUACAGAUACACCCCAAGAUUAUCGAGAUACAGAUACACCCAAGAUUGUUAUCGAGAUACAGAUACACCCCAAGAUUGUUAUUGAGAUACAGAUAUACCCCAAGAUUAUUAUCAAGAUAUAGAUAUACCCCAAAAAGUCCAGUUGUCUCAUUUUACAUAUUGCCUGUAACUUACAUAAAUUUCAAAACCAGAGUUGAAAACCGUUCUCAGUGGUUGAUCUACCGGUAUACAUUAAGGAAUAUGAUGCAUCUAAUAAGAUUUGUGAGGUAAAGGGUUAAAAACUAGUGAAGUAUAUAUGUUGACAAGGAAUAAAGUCAAGUGUAUGUGUUGACAAGGAAUAAAGUCAGGUGUGUGUUGACAAGGAAUAAGUUGAGUAUGUGUUGACAAGGAAUAAGUUGAGUAUGUGUUGACAAGGAAUAAGUUGAGUAUGUGCUGACAAGGAAUAAGUCGAGUAUGUGCUGACAAGGAAUAAAGUUGAGUAUGUGCUGACAAGGAAUAAGUUGAGUAUGUGUUGACAAGGAAUAAGUUGAGUAUGUGCUGACAAGGAAUAAGUCGAGUAUGUGCUGACAAGGAAUAAAGUUGAGUAUGUGCUGACAAGGAAUAAGUUGAGUAUGUGCUGACAAGGAAUAAGUUGAGUAUGUGCUGACAAGGAAUAAGUCGAGUAUGUGCUGACAAGGAAUAAAGUUGAGUGUAUGUGCUGACAAGGAAUAAGUUGAGUAUGUGUUGACAAGGAAUAAGUUGAGUAUGUGCUGACAAGGAAUAAGUCGAGUAUGUGCUGACAAGGAAUAAGUCGAGUAUGUGCUGACAAGGAAUAAAGUUGAGUGUAUGUGCUGACAAGGAAUAAAGUUGUGCUGUGUGGUGAGUACUGCUCUGAGAAAUAAAUACCAGUAUUAAACACACCAUCUACAUUUAUCACGGUUUGUGUGUGAAGACAGUCUCACCCAGGUUACCAGGGCAUUCAGAAUCUCUGUCAUACAUGUAGCCCAAAUCUGAUGAUAUUCUUGAAAAACUUCCAAAAUAGGGUUACGAAAUUUAAAAAAACAACUGUAAAAUAUUUUAUGCACUUUAACUUGUAAUGUCCUAAAAUAUUAAUUUCCUUAACAUUGAAUUAUACUGAAAACCAUUUAGUAUUCUAUAUGAUACCCGUACUGAAAGUAUUAUACCAGUGUUUGUAGACAUGUUAAAUUGACCAGUAAAAUAGUUAUUGAAGGAACAUUUCCCAAUGUCCUUUGUAUACAGGCAAUUGAUGUGCAAAAUAUUUUAUGGUAAGCUUGAUUACACUGUACCUUAGUGGUUAAUAACAAUGUAUAAACUUGGACACAGUUCUUUGACAUACAUGUGUAUAUCUUUAUAUUUGAGAAGAUUUUAAUUUUUAUAAUGUAUUUUUGCUACUUUAAAAAUUAUUUUUGUGAGUUUUAUUCAUGUUUUAUUCUGCCAAUAAUUAUAUUGUUCUGACUGUGAUUGUUAAUGUAAAAUUAUUAUUAUUAUUAUUUUAAUGUAAUCUAAUAUUCAUAAAUUAUUAUUAAAUUAUUAUUAUUAUAUUAAUGUGAUUCAAUAUGCAUGUAUAAGCAAAAUCUGAAAACAUUACAUUGUCUUGGGGCAAUAGUUGAAAAAUGUACAAUUCUCUUUCACCCGAGCUGACCAAAAGAUAUAAUUUUAUGCUUUACUCAAAUAUAGUUCAAACAUAAAGUAAAUUUAUCCAACAAUAUUUUUUAUUGCAUUUCAUCUAAAACAACAAAUUUGUCAAUGGUGUCUGGCCACAGGAUUUUGUAUGGCCAAUUUUUAAAUAUGGAAUAUGGAACAGAACCUUUUAUGAGAAACUAGUUUACUGAUUUAAGGAAGCAGAAAUUGUAUAAAAUUGAGUCUUUCAGUUUAGAAUUGUUGCUAGGUAACCAGUGUGAAUAUGAUUAUUGAUGUCCAACACAUUGAGGAUAAAUGUCUCAGAAAUAGUAGAAAAUUAAUCAGGUAGUCACACGGAUGAAAGGUAAAAAAAAAAAAGAUAAAAAAAAGAUUGAUAUAUAUAUAUUAUUUAUUACACGUUUUGCUUGAAUAUUUUUAUUACAUAUUUAUGAAUGCUACAUAGUUUUGGAGUGACUGCUGAUUGAUAUUAUAUGUGUACAAACAUAUUAAUAAACUUGUUUAUAAAUCAA